AUGUCUCCUCCGAAAUCCUCGUCGGGUAAAACCGUGAAACCCCUGAUUCCGGGCGUUUACGGCCCUCACCCACCGUCAAUUCUCUCGGCGGAGAAUAUAGCCGAAUUUAGGGGGUCCACCGGGAUUUCAUCGGAGAUUGAAAUUAAAUUCCCGGGGGCUCACGAAUCUCCGGAAAAUCCUCCCCCAGGGUAUUGCUGCGCGUUUGAGAUAUUCUUCUCUGCGUGCGGUCUGUCGUUUCCUCUCCCCGAACUCAUCGUGAAGAUGAUGUUCGAACUGGGUUUCGCUCUCCCCCAGAUGUGCCCAAACUUCGUCCGCAUCGUCAUGUGUCUUCAAACUCUGGGGGAAGAGUUCAACUACAAACUGUCCCUAGCCGACUUUCUUCAAGUAUACACGGUGAAGACUGGUCGGACUAAGGGGACACUCUAUGUAAGCCCGCUUUCCGGACUGAAGGUCUUUGACGACCUUCCCGAGAAGGAUGAGAAGUGGCGGAAGUCGUAUUUUUUCUUCCCGGUCAACGAGCUCACCUUCGGCCACCUCGCAAAUCACUUCGAGCGCGGACUGCUUUGCCCUACAUUCGUAGAGUUUUUCUCGAGGUUUUGCAGCCAGGGUCAGAUUGCCUGGGACUCCUUUUCGUGCGAAAGGAUUAGAGAAUCCACAGUGCGGCUUAGGAGUCGUUCCCUCGUUUGCUCCGACCCUAUAAGCACUUCGGAGAUGAAUUACAGAGAGGAACGGGCUUGCCGACUCGCCGAAAAGGAGGCGAAGUUGAAUAUGGCGGCAGCGCUCGCCGAGGGCAAAGCUCGUCUUCCUAAGAAGUCAGGCCCCUCUUCUCCUGAGGUAGACGGGACUUCGUUACCCCCCACUGAUUCUUCCGAGCCGCUUACGGGGGCCUCCGAACCUCAGCCCAGCUCGCCCGAGCCCGCAGUAAUUAUUGUAGCUGACUCCAGUGACGAGCCGCGGGAGGUUAUAGCUCCCCCCGUCGAGGUCAGUUCCCAGCGGUCGGACUCAUCCAAAAAGAGGAAGGAACCUGAGACUUCCUCGCCUCUUCGCGAGAAGAGCCGAGCUCGGACUAGUUCGUCUGGAGACGAGCGAAGUAAGCCUAGCUCGAAGGAUAGGGGUCCUUCCUCAGAGAGGAGAUCUAAGGAGUCCGGGGAUUCCUCUGGCAGGCCGCCUUCGAAGGAACGUCGUUCCUCCCCCCGAGUUCCCCCUGCGUCCCCAGCCGAUCUGAUGAGGAGUUACACCCGGCCAGGAGUUCGGGUUCCGGCGUUUGCGGACAUGUCCGAACUCAACCGUGCGAACUUCUUCCGCUUCGCGGACAAGAUUGGCGAGCUAAUGAUCGAGUUCAACUCCUCGGUGGCGUCUUAUGAAGAUCAGCUGUUUGCAUCUCCUUCAUCUUCCGAGGUGAGCCUCCUCCGGGAAAAGAUUGCUGACCUGGAAGCCCAGGUGAAGGAGUACGCCAGGUUAGAGGCCGAGAAUGCUGCUACUGUGGAGAAAGCCGAACAAAUCCGGGCUCGGAUGAAGAGAGCCGAGGUACAGGUGCUUGACCUCGGAAUUGCCAAUGAGGACCUCCGAGACAAGCUGAAGAAGGCGGGGGACCUUUACUACGAAGCCGCGGAGGAUGCCAAGGCAGCAAGGAGUAGAUUGCACGAGAUCGAGCUUCGCAAUCAGCUACUCGAGGCUGGAAACAGCUGCGAGAUUGAGAGGGUGCGAAGGGAGGAAAGACAGGCAAUGAGGCGGACUCUCCGUCCUCUGGUCGAGGAGGUGAAGGUCACCUUCGAAGAGAGGGAGAAGCUAGCCCCGCUUCAGAUCCGAGCUGCCGAGAUUAGGGCUAACCGGAUGCUGGUCGAAGAGAUCUCUAGAGGCGAGAUCCAAGACAUGGAGGCCGAGCUCGGACUCCUAAAAACUGACGAGGAGGAAGCUGACGAGAAGGUUUCAAAGGUAACUCCCCGUGAACUCGACCUCGCUGCAUUCUCAAACCUUUUGGCGGAUACGCCCGAUCUCUUAUGCAACGAGCACCCGCUUAACGUCACAAUCGACGAAUCCGGCACUAACCUCGGGCAACUCUCGACUCAGGGGAUGGACGACUACCUGGCGACCACUAGGUCGGAAGGGGAGCUAGCGGAGUUGGGCUUGGCCCUUUCCGAGGCGGCGUCUGAUCCAGCCCCUCCGAAUCAAUAG